UUAUGACUGUUUUCUUCCACAGAAGGGUAAUGAUCUUUACAUAAUUUUCAGAUGCAAAACCGCACACAAGAAGUUGACAAAAGCAUUAAGAUACUUGGAUUUUCUUCUGCCACACAGGUGCCCCAUCUUUUAGCCUUUUCUAGAUUGAGCAAUUGACUGUACUAACUUUAAGAGCUGGAAAAUGGAUAUGCGUUAGGACUUCAAGGGUAUGAUGUAGCCUUGAGAGAACCAGAGCCUACUGUCACUGUUGAGAGCACACCAGGAGACAUAGCUAAGUAUAAUGACUGGCAGAACAAGAAUAGGAUGGCCUUGUUGCUUAUGAAGAGAACAAUCACCAAGACUGUGAGAGGAAGUAUCCAUGCGACUGAGAAUGCCUUAGAAUAUCUGCAAUUCAUCUCUGAUAGGUACCAAGAGUCGGAAAAAGCUGAGUCAUUAGUGCUUAUGCAUUCACUUGUGACAAUGAAGUUUGAUGGCAAAGGUAGCUUUGGGAAUACAUCAUGAGGCAAAUAGAUGUAGCUACCAAGCUUAGAAAUCUCAACUUUGAGGUAGGUGAUCAAUUCUUGGUCCAUCUAGUGUUGAACUCUCUGCCUGCUGACUACACCCAGCUCAAGGUGACACACAACACCCUGAAAGACAAAUGGGGGCUGAAUGAACUGAUUUCCAUCUGCGUUCAGGAAGAGAGCAGACUUAGGGCUGAGUCAGCACUGACUUGUAAACCUGUGAACCUGAUUACCAAGAAAUGGAAGAAAUCCAAGCUGAAAACUAAGAAGAGUCCUAUGACUGUAGGUACCAAAACUCCUGCACCUACUGCACCUAAGGCCAACAAGACCUGUCAGGCCAAGUGUUUCUUCUGUAGGAAACCAGGCCACUUCAAGAAAAACUGUCAGGGUUUCAAGGAUUGGCUAACAAAACGAGGGGUUAACAAACAGGAGGGCCCCAAGGCGUGAGGAGCUUCGGCUUUGCGUAGGAAAUGAGAUGCGGGUUGCUGUCAAGGCAAUAGGAACUGUUAGUUUGGAUUUAGGCCUAGGAAUU